CGACGCCGACCACAGCCGCAUCUUCGACAUUCAACAUUUCCAUGGGGUUCGAUAAGAGUGCGCUUUUGGUCUUCAACAUGGAAGCGAAACAGCGAGAAGGGGUCGUCAGGGCCGCGUAGGUGCCAAUGACGUCAGCUUGACUUAAUUCACGAUGCUCGUGAACCUUCAUAAGGGCAUUCCGCCAGUCCUGUCAGGUAGCAACCCAGUAUACCAGCUCCUCGCGCAAGCGCAAUGCCGCAGUACAACACCCCAACGGGCACUUACGCCUAUCCGGACGCGAAGUCAAACUUCCCCGCGUUCCCCAAGGUCUCCUUCGGCCAGGCGGUCGCGAUCGGCAUGGGAGCAGGCGUCGUCGGCGCCCUCACGCAGGUAUUCAACUCCAGUAGUCCAGGCCUCCAUACUAAUAGCAAUCAGCAUGGCCGGCACCAGCAAGAUCGAGCAAUUCUUCACAGACCGCCCAAACUCAUACGUCCCAGCCCGAACCAUCGCAAACCACCUCGGCGUCUCCCCAGCCCUCUACUCCCACCAUCCGGACAUUCUCAACCACGCGCACCACCUCAGCAUGGGCAUCAUAGCAGGCGCUAUCCGAGCAGGAAUGUCGUACUAUGGUAUCAUUGGGCCUAUUGCGAGCUUCGUGCACACGGGGAUCCGCAUCGCAAUCGACCAGUUCGUGGAGAAUACGGCGGGGGUGAGCGCGAUGCCUUGGACGUGGCCGAUCAACGAGCAGGUCGUUGAUUUGAUGCAUAAAGGGGUUUAUGGAAUGGUUGUGGGGUAUAUCUGCGACUAUCUUGUCCGGGGCGUGGACUGGUUCAAUAGCUAGGACGGAGGCUCCUCGUACUGUGAGCGUGGGAGUCCGAGACCCGAAAUGCUGGAGUUGUUCAGAGGGCGACAGAAAAGGUCGGAGAAAGCCAUAGAGGCUGUUCAGCGAGCACGCCAAGGAAGUACGAGGCGGGUCUGUGGGCUGCAAGACAAAGAAUGAAUGCGUGUCAAUCAAGAACAUUGCUCUGCUCUCCGAGAAUGCGUGUCCGUUUGGCCCGAGAC